AACGAUGAACAGGAAUUUACGGUUAUUUCCGGCUGAAUUCUCGCGAGUUAUUCUCGCGAGGUUGUGUCAGAAGGGCAGAGAAAAUGGAAGGCUGUGCUACCUUGCUAACUGAGCGAAUCCUUUAGUAACAUUAACUGGAAACUUGUUAAUUGUAUGCAAGCCUCGUUACCCAUUGAUAUCAGUAUGGACCCACUGGAAAAUAAUGGCACCGCUGAUAUUAAUAAUUCAGAGGAACAACAGAACCAGUCAGAAGGGUCAGAGUCAAAUGUUAGACCGACCCUAUCUCAGGUGAAGAAGUCCUGGGGCUUCAGGAGAUCAACCAUUGCUAGAAGGGAGUUCUUGGAUGAAGUUGGUGACCUAGCCCACAGUCCUCCACCUGUACGCAGAUGCAGAAGUCGGCGUUCCAAUCAGACACCCCAGGCCACUUCAGAGACCGGUGCCACCCAGAGAACUACCCCGCAGACUAGGAGUGUUCUAGAUGACCUUGAGUGGUCUGCACCAUCCUCACCUGUAUCAGAAGAGAGCAAACCAACCUCAGAAGCUUCUACAGGAGUAAGCCUGGACCCCAGCUUGUGGCAAGAUUUUGGGUCUGCCUUUCAUACAGCCUUCUCAUUGCUUGGCGGUAAUGAGGGCUUGUCAAUGGAUAUGUCAGAUGCACCGGCAGCCCCUGAUAUUUUGAAAGCCACUGAUGCCAUUGAGGCCCCACCUACACAGGUUGUCGAUGAACCGGAGGUGCCUGAUACUAUGGAUACUGCUGAUGACACGGAGAUGUCCCAGCCUGUUGCACCAGACAAUGUGGCAGGAGGGGAAAGUGAUGAUGUGGUGUUGAUCUCUAGUCAAGAAGAGGACAGUGAUGAAAUGACUCUGAUACAGAUUAAGGAAAAGCUGGCAUCUAAAAGCAGGCAGGGAGACACAAGAGCUAGAGGGGGUAAAGGUGGAAGAGGAAAGGCCAGAGGGAGAGGAAGAGGUAAAGGAAAGGGAAAAGGUAAAGGCAGGGGCAGAGGGAGGGGCAGGGCAGUGGAGCCUCAUUCAAGCUUUGCAGACAGUGAAGACAAGAGUGAGGAAGUGAUAAUGGUUAAACCAGCUGAACAGCAGUUGCAAGAGGAAGCAAAAGUAGAUGAUCCACAUGGCCCUGCUGAAAUAGAGAUAUCAUCUUCUCCUUCCCACUCUGACAUAUGUCUGAGUCCUUCUCAGCGAUCAAGCUCAGACUGCAUAUACAUAGAAUCUGAUUUAGACCAGAUUGCUGAUGCAGCUCCUGGCCAGUAUGAUGAUGCACCAGAGGAGCAGGUGGAGGAGGAGAAGAAAGACGAUAUGAAUGCAGGAGUGUAUUCAGUCAAAUCGAACUCUAAGAGUUAUGACUCCAAUGCUUUGUAUUGCAUCUGUCAACAAAAGCACAAUGAAAGGUUCAUGAUCUGCUGUGACAGUUGCCAGGACUGGUUCCAUGGCAGCUGUGUUGGUAUUAGAGAGACACAGGGCCGUAAGAUGGAGAGGACAGGGCAAGAGUUCAUCUGCCCCCGCUGCACUACAAAGAAGCAGAGCCAUCUCCAGCCUGAGCCUCAACCCCAGCCAAAGCCUGUGCUUAGCUUGCUUGAAUGCUCAGUGUUAAGUCCCUCUGGUGAAGAGAGGGAGGGCCACGAGGUGCAGCAAGUCCCCAAGGAGACUGUAGUGGUGGUGGACGGUGAAGAGGAGAAGGAAGUUCCUGUGAUUAGGCCAGAGCCUGAACCUCAAGCGGAGAUGGAGUUGGACAACUCUCUUCCUUUGUGUAUCGGGCCCGGGUGCUCCAAACAAGCCCUGCCAGACUCUGUUUACUGUGGCACAGAUUGCAUUCUUCAACAUGCUGCUGUCACUAUGAAGACUCUUUCUGUCCCUAAGCUACCCAAGUCUAAAGGACGGGCACAGAGAAAAGCUGCCACUGCCAGACCCACUACAAAGGUUCAGGGGUCGGUUAGGAUGUCUAAGAGAUUAUCAGGAAAAGCUGAGGAGGAAGGUGAAGCGGAGGAGGUGAAAGAUGAUGAUGGAGUCCAGAAGGAGACCGCAUCUCCCUUAGCCUACGAUCCCAGUCUGACUGAAGUUCAGGCCACUUCCCUACCAUCUUCUAAGUUUGACACAGCGUCUAAAACGGACAGUAAUCAGGUAGAAGCUGACGUUGAGGAUGUAACUCCUUCAAAACAAUCUCAAGAGGACACUUAUACAGAUGCUGCUCCUUCUUCCCAGGCUGUCACUGAGUCAGCCACACCACAUAGCCACUCUCAAGAAAAGCCAAAGGAGCCAAUCAGUAUUGGUGUGUCAAAGCAGCUGUCUGCAGAAUCAAAUCUCUGUAUAAUACCCGAAAAAUCUAGUCAGUCUCCAUCCAUACAACUUCCAUCGACCUCAGCUCUCAGACAUCAUGAAACAGGGGACCUUAUGGUCGCUAAGACCACUUAUGUCAUACCAAAGAAGCAGUCUCUACCCCAGCCUUUGUCCAGCCACAUGUCAACCCCAGCAUCAUGCCAGAAGCCUUCUUCUGCCCCGACACUGCUGAAUGAAACCAGAAAUCUGCCAGUACCACCUGCACCCAGUGCUCCCUCCUCCAGACCCCCUCAGCCCAAUCACCAGGUCAGACAGAGCAUCCAGCGUUCCCUCACCAGCAUCCUGUUCAAAAGGGUGUCUGAUUGUGAGGAAUUGGAGAUAUCUGAGAGUGACGUUGCAAAACUUGUCGCGAGCAUUGAGAUGGAGAUGUUUGACAUAUUUCGAAACACAGACAGCAAAUACAUGAACAAGUACAGAACUAUAAUGUUCAACCUGAAAGACCCAAGAAACAAGGGCUUGUUGUAUCGAGUUGUACGUGGAGAGAUCAGUCCCUUCAGACUGGUCAGGAUGAGCCAGAAGGAUAUGCAGGCUACCAAGGUAUCAGAGCCAAGUGCAAAAGAAACAAUAGAGGUUAAGAAUACAGCUACUAAAGUGACAAGUCUGCUGCAAAAGCCUGAAGCAGUGAAGAUUGAUUUGCCCAGUUUGACUCCUGCCAAACCUGAAAGAAGCACGGAACAUAAAAAAAGUCUCCCUGCUCCUGCUCCUGCUCCCAAGACUAGAAUAAGCCAGCCCAGUCAGAGCAGUGCUCUACCGGAUAUCCUCACCUGUAUGCUCAAGGAUACAACAUCAGAGCACAAAACUCACCUCUUUGACCUGAAAUGCAAGAUAUGCACAGGUCAAGUCCUAGCUGGAGACGAGGAAGAACCUUCAAAGAAAAAGCCCAAGGUUUCUGAAACAAGAGAUAAAUAUGAACCGUCUUGGAGAAAGUCCGCAGGAGAUGAUUCCCCUCUGCGGGCGCCACCUGACUCACCUGACAUGGAUUCUCCAACUUCAUCCAAAAUGGAUCCUUCCCGUCUUGACUCCCCAGUAUUGACUAUAGUAGAAUCCCCUGCUUCCCCUGUAAUGGACUCUCCAGCUUCCCCUACUUUAGAGUCUCCUGCUUCCCCUGUCAUGGAUUCCCCAGCCUCCCCAACUCCAGACACUUCUAAAGCUACUACAACAAAGAGAGCAUAUACACCAGUUGUGAUUCCAGCAGUUUCCACAGUAACCAUCACAAGGCGUGACCCUCGCACUGCGGCAAGCAGGUCCUCUGCUCUGUCUGAUGGCGUCUCUGGUCCUGGUAACACAACCCAUAAUCAGUCAGUCCCCUAUGCACCCCUAAAAGAGACUAGAUUGGCCCCACCCUCAGUACCAGCCUCCUCACUACCACAAACAAAAACAUUACCUAAAUCUAUCUUAAUGAAGCCGUCUUCCUCUGCAGAUCCCAGACUUUAUGGGACAUCCUCAAGGACCAUCAUAUCCGAAUCCCCAGUUGUUGAUGAGACUACAGAGUUCUUGGCUAAGCAAGACAUAGUGUGGAAAGGCUUCGUAAGCAUGCUCACUGUCGCGAAGUUUGUCACUAAAGGAUAUCUGGUUUCAGGAACUGCUGAAAAUCUUAAAGCGGAUCUACCUGAUACCAUACAAAUCGGAGGACGAAUCAUGCCUGAAACAGUUUGGGACUACGUAGCAAAACUAAAGACCUCUGUUACAAAGGAGUUAUGUGUCAUCCGGUUUCACCCUGCAACAGAGGAGGAAGAGGUGGCCUAUGUCUCCCUGUUUUCCUAUUUCAGCAGCAGAGGUCGUUUUGGUGUGGUUGCCAACAGUAGUCGUUCUAUCAAGGAUUUAUACCUUGUUCCACUCAGUGCAAAGGAACCAGUCCCAUCCAUACUACUACCUCUCGAAGGACCAGGACUCGAAAAAAAACGUCCCAAUCUUCUUCUGGGUCUGGCAAUCGUUCAGAAGGUGAAACGUGCAGGUAGCUUCCCUCAGGAAACUGAAGAAAAGAGACCCAAGGUUCAUAUGUCCAAAGACCCUAUGUGGAUCCCAAAACCUCCAGUCCUCUAUGGUUCUGACAAAUUGGAGAUAUUUCAACCCUACGAUCCAGAGUCUGCUGCUAGCACCACCCCUCCUGGUUCACCAUCCUGUCCUGGGUCACCAUCAGAGUCUUCCUCGUCUGGCUCAAUUACCAUCCCAUCGCUUUUGACUUCCAUUAGAGCAAAUACACCUGUUUCUACCUCAGCCACUGCUGCUACCACUCAGUUCUCUUCUAAUAGCAGUUCUGAUAAGAAUCCCUCAACAGAAUCCGCUGAUAAGACACCACUUCAUACUAUCUUGAAGAGCCUGUUCGGUAAUAAGGAAACUGACUCCAUGGUCUCUUCCGUUGGGAGUUCGACAACAACAUCACUUAGUGUUCAGAAGCUGCCAGUGUUUUCUCAAGGGUCUGGACCAAUGGUGGACCCAAUUGUCCAACAAUAUGGACAAAAAUGCAAAGUUAGAGAAAUAGAAGACGAAAAUGACUUUGACCGACCUUAUGAUCCAGAAGAGGAGUAUGAUCCAGCAGAAGGCUAUAGAAUGGUUGCUCCACAGAGCAUAGAGAAAAAAAAGGCAGAUGGCCCUGCAGAAUCAGGCUUUGUAGAUGAUGAUGUGGCCUAUGAUCCAGAGGAUGAGACUAUCUUUGCAGAUAUUCAAAGCGAUUCUGUGGCAAAGCAUCCUCUUCCAACUCAAAUGUCAGAUUCUCCAUCAUGCACAGUUCCAGUUUCCACACAGGCUGUAAUGCCAGCUCCCAUUUCUUCUACAGCACAAACUUCUUCCCCAGCUGGAGUAACACAGAACCUUCCUACGGGCACUGUGGUUGUCUCAGCUGCAACACUUACUGAACAACAGCGGAUGCUUGAGGAACUCAAUAAGCAGAUUGAAGAGCAAAAACGGCAGUUGAAGGAGCAGGAAGAGGCACUACGUCAACAGAGAGAGGCCGUGGGUAUGUUUAUGGCUCACUUUUCGGUUUCUGAUUCCCUGAUGUCUCCUCCAACAAAAUCUUUGCCUCUCAGUCAGCUGUCAUCUCUGCAGAGUGGCACAAUGGAAACAGAGUCAAGGCCUUCAGAGUCCAGCAACCUUUCAGAGACUGUGGGCAGUUCAAAUGUGGAUUCAAAAUCUGGAAAGCUAGAAGACGCUACUACCAUACUGAAUUUAAAUAAUAAUACAAAUACUGUUACAGAACAAGAUGAAACACAGGAAAAUGUUAAGGAAAGUGAUAAGUAUUCAUCUGCUGGAGAGAUUGAAGAUUCUGAUGUAGCAUAUGAUCCUGAAGAUGAAUCACUUUUUGAUGAAAUUCAAGAGGAUGUUUUUCAAGGAGGAAGUAUGACGACUUUUGAUUCAUCUUCAAGAACAGGGCGCAGCAUCUCCCACAAGGACUCUACUCAAAAUUCAUACAGCAGAAAGCGAAAACUGUCACCAAAGAGGCGGAGUCAUCGUGAAAGGGACCGCCAAAGAAGUCCUUCAAGAAAGUCACAGCGGCGUUCUCCUUCACAUUCACAGAGACGUAGAGAAAGGGAUCGACAUAGAAGGGGGGAGAGGGACAGGUCCAGGCGCAGAACUAGAGACCAGUCUGAACGGCAGAGUCGUCAUCGCAAAGAGCAUUCUGCACGGCGACAUUCUCAUGGGCGUAGAAGAUCCACAUCAUCAUCUAGAAGAAAAGAUUCUGUGUCCCUUUCACCAAAACUGCACAGAAGACCCUCACCUGAACUCCUUGAGAAAUCAUCUACGUUGGUUACAAUUAAAAAUGACCCUGAUGGACAUCCAAUAAAAUGUGAUCUUAUCGAGAGUCCUGAUAAAGAGUCUUCACAUGAACUUCACAGUGUGAAGCUUGAGAUUUCAGAACCAACAGCAUCCCAGGAACUUGAAAAAAAUUCAGUCUGUGACCAUGACGACACAGCUAGAGGUUCUUCUACACACGUUUAUACAGCCUUGCAGCAGGAAACUCUGCUUAAAAACAAUAUUGAAAGUACAGUUCCUCUGAGAGAAAUUGAUCCACCAAUUAGAGAUUCUCCUCAGAGCCCUGAUCCAGAGCCACAGUUUGUGAAACCUAGCAGCACAGAAAAGAGUGGCUAUGUUAAGACUGAGAAAAUAGCAGAUCCUGAAACAUAUACCAGUGUCUCAAUGUCAAUGUCAGUGACCACCCUGCAUAUUGGUGGUCAGCUAGCAAUUUCCAAUACACUGUGGCCAACUGAUGGAAGUCCAAUGUCAAAUCUUAGAAAUUUAGAUUUAAGAACUCUAGAUCUACAGGGUCCAGGUGUCAGAAAUCAAGGCAUGACAGAGGCAGACAAACAGAUAGAGGGGGGCACUCCAUGCUUAAAACAUCCACAAAUACUGGGUCAACAGGGAGGACAUUCAGAUUUGGCCACAGGCUCAGAUAUUCGUCAGGGUUCAGGACCUGAAAUAGACCAUCUGACAAAGCAUCCAGAACCUGGUAUGAGUGAUUCAGGUAUUAAGAAUCUAGGAUCAGAUGUUAAAGAACUUGGACAGUGGAGACCACAGAUAUAUCUAAGAGGAACAGGAAUCCCCGGGCCUGAUAUGAGAGGUCCAGUCAUGCAAAGCAUAACCCCUAGCAUUUUGGUUCCUGGACAACAUAUAGAAAACCUAACUACAGUCGGUCAAGACAAGUAUGUGAGGGACCCAGGAACAGGGAUGCAAGGUUCAGAGACAAAUCACAGUACUGAUAAAAGUGGUUCAGGGCCAGUCAUGAGAGGUUCCAAUAUGAGUAGUUCUAAUAUUCCAGGCUUGAACCCAGAAGUGAAAGGUCUGGGCCCUGAUGUGAGAUGUAGUGAACCAGAAAUAAGAGGACAAAUGCUUGCACCUGCUAUUAUAAAUUCACAUAUGGCAGGUCUACAAAAUGAGAGGAGAGACCAAGUCAUGAAGCACCCCUUUUUAGAUAGACCUGGACUUGACAGAAGGGCCUCAGGGUCAAGGGAAUCUUUAUUAUCUAUGGAUCAUUCAAGUCUAGAUACAAGGAAGCCUAUGGUAGUUGAUGAGAGAAGAGGACAAGAUGUUAGUUGUUUACAGAAAGGUUUAUUGUGUCUUAAGACAGAGGAGCCUCGAUCACAACCAGAAAACCCAAUUGGGAGGCCACGUGUGAUGGUAAUAGGGAGAGAUCAAUGUUUUGAUGGUCCACAGAUUGAAGGUAGAGCUCCGGAUAUUAUAAGUAGAGUUAAAGGCCAGAUAGAUAGAACUGUAAAAGCACAUAUUGGGGGUAGCACUUCUGCGAUGCAGGGUGAGGGUAUAAGAGGACCAAGUCCAGAUAUAAGGGGUCCAGGUCCAUGGCCAGAUAUUAGGGCUGAAAUGGGUGUACAUGACCCUGACAUGAGAGAAUCUGAAAAUAUGCAUGAAUUAAGAAGGCUGGAUAUGACAGAAGUAAGUUAUAUGGGGCAUUGUCCGGGUUGGGAUAGUAUGGGAGAAAAGGGUGACAGAAGUGACUCACAUGGAAGGAGUUCAGACAGAGAAAUCGGUCCAAACAGGAGGGAUGCAGACUUGCAACAACGAAAAGUACAGGGUCUAAGAAUAGAGAGGAGAAAUGAACAAAUAGCUCACGAGGACAGAGGUCCCAUUCCAAACAGUACAAAUCCAGAUUGGAGAGGUACAGGACCAGGUCUGGUUGGUCAUGAUAUGAGGGGUCAGAGAAGUCAAAAUGAAGGCCUGGGUCCAUGUAUGAGUGCUCCAAAUUGGAGUGGCCCAGGAUCAGACAUAGGAGAUGAUUGUAGCGACUCAGACAGGAGAAGAUCAUGUCUAGUCAGGGGAGGACCAUUUAUUCAAGAUGAAUGGAGAAACCAUCAACCUGACAGAAAAGUUCCAAACAUGGAGGACCUGAGAAAUGACACCAGAGGACCAGAUAUCAUGGCUCCAGUGCAUGGCAGGAGAGGACCAGGAGGCCCAGAUUUCAAUGGACCAGGACCUGAAAGGGGAGGUUCUUAUAUGGAGUUCCCAAUGCGAGACAGGAGACAACCAGGAGGUCCAGAUUUCAGGAAACCAGAGGCUGAAAGGAGAGGCACAUCUAAUGACAACCAGCGACCUGAAAUGAGAGUACCAGGGCAUUCAAACUUUGUGGGAUUAGGCCUUGAAAGAAGAGCUCCACCUAUACAUGGUCCAUGGCCUAGCAAGAGAGGACCAGCAGGUCUAGAUUUGAGUGAAACAUUGCCAGAAAGGAGAGGUUUGCCUUUGGAGGGCUCUGGGCCUGCCAGAAGAGGACCUGGGGGUCCAGAUUUCAGAAGACCAGGGCCGGAAACCAGAGGUCUAUCUAUGGAGCAUCCUGGACCUGACCAUAGAGGAUAUGGAGGUCCAGAUUUCAGAGGAACAGGGCCUGAUAGGCAAGGUCCUGCUAUGGGUGGCCCAGGACCUGACAGAAGGGAACAUGGAGGUCCAGAUUUCAGAGGACCAGGGCCUGAGAGGAGAGGUCCAGCUAUAGAGGCUCCACACCCUGACAGAAGAGGACCAGGAUGUCCAGAUUUCAGUGGACCAGGGGCUGAUAUGAGAGGUCCUGGUAUAGGUGGUCUGGGGCCUGACAUGAGGGGUCCUGGUGGUCCAGAUUUCAGAGGACCGGGACCUGAUGGACAAGGUCCUACUAUGAGUGGCCCAGGGCCUGACAGGCGGGGACAUGGAGGUCCAGAUUUCAGAGGACCAGGGCCUGAGAGGAGAUGCCCAGCUAUAGAGGCUACACAACCUGACAGACGAGGACCUGGAGGUCCAGAUUUCAGUGGACCAGGAAUUGACAGGAGAGAAUUGGGAGUUACAGAUUUUAGUGGGCCAAGACAUGAACGGAGAGGUCACAUUAUGGACAGUCAAGAGUCUAACAGGAGAGGACCAGGAGGUCCAGAUUUCCAGGGACAAGGGUCCGUAAGGGGAGGUCUGGUCAUGGAUGAACCAGGGUGUAAUAGGAGAGGUCCCUCUGUGCAGGGUCAAGGACCUGACAGGAGAGGACCAGGAGAUCAAAACAGUGGUGAAAUGGGUCCGGAUAAAAGAGGGUCUUUCAUUAGGGGUCCUGGGUCUGACUUCAUAGGACUGGAGUCUGAACAAAUUGGUCCCGGUAUGGAAGGUCCAGGGCCUCCCACUAGAGGACCGGGAGGAUCACACUUCAGGGGUCCAGAAAGUGGACAUUCAAACAUGGAGGCUACAGGGCCUGACAGGAGAGGUCCGGACAUCAAGGGAACAAGACCAGAAAGACAAGAUUCUGGCAUGGAAGGACCAGGGCCCAACAGGAGAGGGCCAGGAGGUCCGAACAUGAGGAGAUCAGGGUUUCAGCAUUCAUGUCCAAGCAUGGAGGGCCCAGUGCCUGACAGGAGAGGCCCAGAAAGUCUAAAUUACAGAGGACCAGGACCUGAAAAACAUGUUCCAGAUAUGGAGGUAACAGGCAACAGCAGAAGCUUUCCAGGAGGUCUACAGUACAGGAAAGCACUUGAUAGAACUGUCAUGGAGAAUCCUGGGCAUCAUAGGAAAGGCCCAAGAGGUCCAGAUUUUAGAGGACCAGGUUGUGAAAGUAGAGGUCCAGAUAUUGAAGGCCCAGGGCCUGAUAGACAAGAACCAAGAGGCACAAGCUUCAGGGAACCUGGGCAUGAAAGGAAAGGUCCAGAUAUGCAGAGCCCAGAAACUGAUUGGAUAAGAUGGGGUGGUCCAGGAACAGGCAUCAGACAGAAAGGCCCAAAUACAGGAGGUCAAAGACAUAGAAGAGAUGACUGGGGAGGGGCUGACUUUGCAGGGCCGUUACCUAUCCAGGAAUGUUCAGAUAUAGAUGGGCCAGGACCUGAUAGAACAGGUCGAAACUUCAGGGAUUCAGGGCUUGUUAGGAGAAACAUUAGAGGACCAGGGCCAGAUAUGAGCAGUCUAAAUCAGGGAGACAGAUGGAAAGGGCCAGACUUCAGGGGCUGUCCAUCUGAUAGGAGAGGUACACACAGAGAAGAACAAUGGUCAGAUGGAAGAGGGACCAAUAUGGGAGCUAUAGCAAAUGAAAGAGAAGGUUUAGGAAAUGACUGGAAGAGAUUGGGAAACAAGGGUCCAGAGAUCAGUGAAGGUCCAGAUGAACAUGUUCAAAAACAUAUUAGGCAAGGUUCUCCUAUGGAACUGAGAGGCCACGGAAGUAGAGGGCGAAAACCAGGGCCUUUGAGAGGUCCAGGAGUUGACUGGAGUGGUUCUCAUUGCAGGGAUCCUGGACCUUGCAGUGAUGACCCAGAUAUGGUAUGUCCAGCGCCCUAUAUGGAAGGAUCAGGAAAUCAUUUGAGAGAGCCUGAUAGAGGGGGUGGUGGGCCAAACCGAUGUGGGCCUAGUCAGUUUUUACGAGGGGUUAGAAAUUCAGACAACAGAGAUUCAGUCAAUGAUAGACGAGGUCCAGGCACGAGGGGACCAGGAUCAGAUAUAAGAGGGGGUCCACAUAUAGGGAAUGACUGGAGUCAGCCAGACUUUAGGGGCAAUAUGAGAGGACCAAACCAGGAAGGACCUGAAGCUCAUAGGGAAGGCCCAGACUUGAUGAAUGUAUGCCCAAACAGGAGAGAAUUUGAGAUGGAAGGUCUUGAUAGAAGAGGCCCCAGAGGUCCAGAAUCAAGACGCCCUGGUCCUGUAAACAGAAAUCCACAGUAUGAAGGACCAGGGACUGAUGAGAGGUUUUCAGAUUGUAUGGGAUCUGACAGGCAAGGUGUUGACAUGGAAAGUCCUGGAACAGAUAGAAUAGAAUUUGAUGAUUUGUGGAGGGAAAGGAGAGGUCCAGACAUCAGAAGGAUAGGGCCAGUCAAAACCGAUAUAAAAGGCGCAGGACCUGAAAACUCAGAUAUUAAGCAUUGGCCUGGGAGGUGGGAUACAAUUACUGAGGGCCCAGGGUUGGACUCAAGUGGGUCACUCCAUUUUAGUAGUCCUCAUCAGGUUGCCAGAUUCCCAGGCUCUAAUGAUCCACAUUCUUUUCCAGCUGAAAAGAGUGGUGGAAACUCAUGCCGUGGUUAUGAUAACCGGCAAAAGCAGCAAGCAGUAAAACCCCAGAGACACAGAGGUGCCUUACUUCCCACUCCAACACAAGGUCUCAUACGCUUCCCAAAUCGUAUGAUGAAUAAUCCUGAUUUCUUCGGCACGAAACAAAAGCAAAUAGGCCACCCGAUAGACAAGGAGUGGAGAAGAAGUAGACCGGUGAGUAGAGAAAGAGGGUUUAUCAAAGGGCGAAGACAGGAGCAGGAGAAAAGUCCUGCUGGUAAAAUAAGCACACCUGGAGUUGCUGGCACAAUGGUUAGAGAAAAGAAAAAAGAAGAGGGCAAUGAACCUAAUAAACAGGGGAUUCAUGGUGCAUGUGUUGAAACUAUAAUCAAUCAAAGUAUGGAUGGAAAUAAUAGCAAUGUCAAGCCAAGUUAACCCCCCCAUGAAUCUCAGGAUAGUAAAGAUGAUGAUGCAUAAAAAUCCUUAGUCAUCACAUUGAAAAGAGAUAGUACAGCAUAACACACUGAAUGUAUUUUUCUCAAGCAAAGUGACUACCUUACUCAAGUUUGAGAAUGAAAACCAUGUGCAUAUUCAGUCACUGAAUUGAUUUUGAAAUGCUCAGAGGAAUGAGUUCAUUAUGUUCUAGUUUUUCUCUGUGUACUCGGAGUAGAUUUUUUUUUUUUUUUUUUUUUUUUUUUUUAAUUAUGACUUCUUCCUGAACUUAACUGAUCACUUGUAAAUUCAACAUCUCUAGUUGAAAAUAGUCAAAAAUGUUUUGUACAGAAAAUGUACAGUUUUUUUUUUAACAUAAACAUGGUGUCAGUACAGUAGCGCUGAUCUUUUAUGUUCUUCUGAUAAAAAUGACUUGUUUCAUUAUUUUAGAAUGCAAGAAGUCAAUAAAGUGAGAUGUAAAUUUUUAAUCUUGUAGUUAUUCUGAUUUUGUCAUAAAUAUUUGGAUUCAUUGAUUGUUGUGUGAGUUGUACCCAAGUCUGUAACUAUAAUAAAAUCAAUCCCACAGUUAA